CUUCAGCACAUUAAACGAUGCAAAGAUUCGCUUGGAAGGUGGAACAGCAUCAGAAAUGUAGGAGGCAGCCAGGAGCUAAAGCGAGGCAUCUGUGAAGAAAGGCGACCGAAACCGAUGGACUAUUUAAAUACAUUCAGAUGCAGGGCUGUGCAAGUUUCCAUCGCAUAUCAGAAGAAAGUUAAGCUUUUCAUGCGAAGCAAGUAUCUUCAAGAUCAGACGCAAUAACAAAAAUAGCAAAUAUUAAAAUAGUUAACAAUUUCUAUGUUUACCGUUUAGUUCACCGGCGUGACUGUCGGUCUAUCAUCCGCAUUUAAGAUUCACCGGUGACAUUCGAGUGACGCCUGCAAGAUUUUCUCUCAGAAGGAAACCAACACAAUUGUAUUUGUAAAUGCAAGCAAGGAAAGAGGUGGUUAAAAACGGACCCAGAUUUUCCGUGGAUUAGGUUAAAAGGAUCUGAGAAAAUGUGAUAAUAAAAAGUAGUUUAAAUAAAAAGAUAAUAAAAAGGGAUUUUAACUUACAGUAAAUCGUUUUGCAAGAAAUUAAAAUAGUGAACAGCACCACGUUUCUUUUUGUGGGGUGCUGCAGCCGCAAACAUGAAGGGAACUAUGCAUUACACAUUAGUUUAAACGGAAUAGGCUGUUAUAUAAUAUAAUUUAUCACAUAUAAACACGUCCAAAGCAGUUCACUAGUGGAUAACUUUUGAAUUAUGGAAUUAAAAGUUAUAAGUCGCUCUCGUUCAUGGACAAUCAAGUUGUAUAUUGGCAUUUGAAAAACCACUUUCACCGUUAUAUUACAUGCAAUUAAAAAAAAUAUCAAAUAGGAAAACAAAGUUUAGCUACUAACAAAAAAUCCUCAGUUUGACUGACAGCAACAUACGAAAUUCAGAUUGAUUUGUUUCGUUUUUGUUUACCCUCGAGUUAAAAAAAAAAAAAAAAAAAAAAUCUCGCUGGCUCUUAUGGGAAUAAAACACUCCUCCCGCUGCCUGCUCCUAAGGAGAAAGAUGGCGGAGACUGAGAACCCAGAGCAGACAAGCAGCGCCCCAUCGCAGGCUGUCCAACCUGUGCCUCUUCCAAAGCUGGUGCAGUCCAUCCAGCAUGUCCCGCACACACCUGCUCUACCGAGCUGUCCUGGCAGGGGAAAGAUAGCCAAGUUUCUCAACCCAGAGGAAAUGACAUCAAGGGAUUAUUACUUCGAUUCCUAUGCACACUUUGGAAUUCAUGAGGAGAUGCUAAAGGAUGAGGUCCGAACGCUCACGUACAGGAACUCUAUGUAUCACAACAAGCACAUCUUUAAGGACAAGGUUGUUCUAGAUGUGGGGAGUGGCACAGGAAUCCUCUCAAUGUUCGCAGCCAAGGCUGGAGCCAAGAAGGUGUACGGGAUCGAAUGCUCCAGCAUUUCAGACUAUUCAGAAAAAAUCAUCAAAUCGAAUCAUCUGGACAACAUAAUCACAAUCUUUAAGGGUAAAGUGGAAGAAGUGGAGCUGCCAGUUGAUCAAGUGGACAUUAUAAUCAGCGAGUGGAUGGGUUACUGCCUGUUCUACGAAUCCAUGCUGAAUACAGUAAUCUUUGCAAGAGACAAGUGGCUGAAACCUGGAGGGCUGAUGUUCCCAGAUCGAGCUACCUUGUACGUCAUUGCCAUUGAAGACAGACAAUACAAGGACUUCAAAAUUCACUGGUGGGAGAGCGUGUAUGGCUUUGACAUGACCUGCAUCCGAAAUGUUGCCAUGAAGGAGCCCCUGGUGGAUAUUGUGGACCCCAAGCAAGUGGUGACUAACUCAUGCUUAAUAAAGGAGGUGGAUAUUUACACUGUGAAGACAGAUGAUCUCUCCUUUACUUCAGCGUUCUGCCUUCAAGUGCAGCGCAAUGAUUACACCCACGCUCUCGUCACCUAUUUCAACAUUGAGUUCACCAAGUGUCAUAAGAAAAUCGGCUUUUCAACAGCACCCGAUGCUCCUUAUACACACUGGAAGCAAACUGUAUUUUACCUUGAGGAUUACCUCACUGUGAGAAGGGGUGAGGAAAUAUAUGGAACCAUUACCAUGAAGCCCAAUGAAAAAAACAUUCGUGAUUUGGACUUCACUGUUGAGCUGGAUUUCAAAGGCCAGCUCUGUGAGACGUCACUAUCCAAUGAUUAUAAGAUGCGUUAAAUGUACUUAGGGAAGAUCUGUGCAGUAGUGUUAACCCAGCUUUCGUUUUAGUUGGUGAAAAAAAACAAACCUGAAAUGCUGAUUGCGAAAGGGGAUUCCUAUUAAAGGGGAAAUGUAGUCAAUCCUGCUGGUAUCGCCAACAUCAGACAUCACAAGGAGAUUGCUUAGAAAAAGAGACUGAAUGUAACGCCUUCCGAAGAAUGUUUUCUGUUUUUAAGGGUGUGUUUUAUUUUUUUGUUAAAGAAACAUUAGGAGGACUAAAGAAUAAGUCAUAUUUGGAGUAGAGUGGUCAUAGUUCUUCCAGGCAUUGCAUGUUCCAAAACACAUGGGGAAAUAUCUUUAGUAUUUUAAUAUAAAGACUUCCAAUAAUC